AUGGUCGAAUCACGGCUGGUCGAUGCUAAGGCCACAUUUACUAUCUUUUCACACCUCCUCGAUGCGCGUCUACUUCGUGCUCUUGCCGAUAUGGGCUUUGCUCGACCCACCCUAGUACAAGCAAAAGCGAUUCCAUUGGCCCUCGAGAGCAAGGAUAUUUUGGCUCGUGCUCAGACUGGAAGUGGAAAGACUGCUGCAUAUUGCAUACCCAUCGCACAGAAAAUACUCAAUGCAAAAAGUUCUGUAGACAGCGAGGAUGCCUUGUAUCAGGCGACUCGAGCAUUGAUUUUAAUCCCAACAAGGGAAUUGGCGCAACAGGUCACCAUUUCAUUGAAGGAACUGUUAAAGUACUGUGAGAAGGAGAUCAGCUGUGUCAACGUUUCUGCUGGAACGACCUCACAUUUACAACGCACUCUUCUUUCAGACAAACCUGACAUCGUGGUCGCUACACCAACCCGAGCGUUGGCGCUUCUUCAGUCCAAGACGCUGUUAUUAACGGACCUAGAGUCGUUGGUCAUCGACGAAGCAGAUCUUAUUCUUUCUUAUGGUCACGAUGAAACCAUUCGGCAAAUAUUCAGUGGGAUGUAUCUACCAAAAGUAUUCCAAUCGUUCCUUAUGAGCGCCACUAUGACUGAGGACGUCGAACUCUUGAAAGGCUUAACACUCCGCAACCCAGUCAUACUGAGAUUAGAGCAGGGCGAGGAUGAAGCUGCCAAUUUGACGCAGUACUCUGUCAAAUGUUCAGAAGUGGACAAGUUCCUUCUCACAUAUGUUAUCCUCAAACUCAAACUUAUCAAAGGGAAAUGCAUCUUGUUCGUCAAUGAUGUAGACCGCAGUUAUCGGCUCAAACUCUUUCUUGAGCAGUUUUCCAUCAAAAGUUGCGUCCUCAACUCGGAGCUUCCGCUGAAUUCGAGAUAUCAUACUGUACAGGAAUUCAACAAAGGUGUCUAUGACUAUAUCAUCGCCACUGAUGAAAGUGGAACUCAUGGAGCAGACCAAGACGUCGAAGAUGAGGAGGAAGAUCCCAAUGAUGAGAAUGAAGCUGAACAGCAAUUUACAUCCACUCAGCGCGAGUUGGAGCCUAGACCUGAAGAAUCGUCAGUAGCCAUUGGUUCAUCUAGCUCCUCGCGCAAGCGCAAGCGUUCUUCUGCAGAGCCUGCGCAGAAGUCUAGGAAACGGAAGAACGGAAAAGACGGCGGCGAUAGAGAAUACGGGGUAACCCGCGGAAUCGACUUUGUUGACGUCGCCUGUAUCCUGAACUUUGACCUACCCGGCAGUUCACGGUCGUACAUCCAUCGCAUAGGACGCACUGCGCGCGCGGGGCGGACAGGCAUGUCAUUGUCAUUUGUAGUUCCACAAGACCAGUGGGGAAAAAAUAAGGUCGUAGGAUGCUUGUCAAAUGCUAAGCGAGAUGAUGCGGUAUUUCAGAGAAUUGAGCAGGAGCAAGCCGCUAGAGGAAACAAGAUCCGGGACUACAUUUUUGACAUGAAACAGGUUGAGGCGUUCAGGUAUCGAAUGGAAGACGCUUUACGUUCGGUGACAAGGACAGCGGUUCGGGAAGCCAGGAUGAAGGAGUUGAAGACAGAAAUAAUGAAUUCAGAUAAGCUGAAAGCGCACUUUGAAGAUAAUCCUCUUGACCUAGAAUAUCUACGGCAUGACAAAGUUUUACAUCCAACUCGAAUUCAACCUCACAUGAAGCACGUACCUAAAUAUCUUCUCCCACGCGUUGCUCCCGUGAAUGGGGUAAUGGAAGGAACAACGACAAACGACAAGUCCAUUGGUUUCGUAGGCUUCAAGAAGAACAAUCGAGAUGGGAUGCGACGCGGGGGCCGUGAUGGGCGAGGAGGGAAAAAGAAGGCGGAUCCUUUGAGGAAAUUUGGUCGAUAG